AUGACGCGAGAAGUUCAACAAAGUAAAAAUUUAGAAACAUUUUCAUUAAUAUGGCUUGAUGCUAAUGUUAAUGGUUCAAUUGAAAAUAUUGAAACACAACAAAGAUUACGAACAUCUAUUAAUCAUUUAAAAACAUUUCAAAAUGGUGAUGAAUGUAAACACUAUAUUGAAUUAUUACCAAAAGAUCGUUUUGUAUUAAUUGUUAGUGGUCGUUUAGGACAAGAAGUUGUUCCAUAUAUACAUAAUUUAAGACAAGUUUAUUCAAUAUAUGUUUAUUGUUUACAAAAAGAAAGAAAUGAACGAUGGGCUAAACAAUAUUCAAAAAUUAAAGGUGUUAUUAUUAAAUUAGAUGAAUUAGUAACACAAAUACAAUCUAAUCAAAAUAAACGUAGUCAAAUUAAAAUUGAUGAACCAUUAUUAAUAACAUUUUUUUUUACAAAUAAUAAUAAUAAUACUGAAUUAAAUGAUCAUUUUAUUUAUUCACAAUUAUUAAUUGAUUAUCUUUUACAUAAUAAAUUAAUAUCAACAGAUGAAAAAGAAUUAAUAUUAUUAUCGAAAGAUGAAUAUAAAGGAAAUGAAAAUGAAUUAAAUAUUGUACGUGAAUUUGAAAAUGAUUAUUCAUCAGAUCGUGCAUUAUGGUGGUAUACACGUGAAUCAUUUGUUUAUCGUCUAUUAAAUAAAGCAUUUCGUAUACAAAACAUCGAUCUUUUAUUAAUAUUUCGAUUUUUUAUACGUGAUAUACAACGAUUAAUUGAACAAAAUAAAUCUACAAAUUCUAUAUGUGUUUAUAGAAGUUAUCUUAUGUCAAAUGAUGAAAUUGAAUUAUUUAAAAAUUCUAUUGGAGAAUUUUUAUCAAUUAAUGGAUAUUUUUUAACAAAUACACAUCGACAACAAACAAUAUCUUAUUUAAAUAGUUCUGAUAUAACGAAUGAUCUUGAAAAAGUUUUAUUUGAAAUUAUUGCUGAUCCACAUAUUGAUUCAUCGAAACCAUUUUCUAAUAUAACAUCAUUUAGUUAUUUUUCCGGGGAAGAUCAAAUACUUUUUACAUUAGGAUCAAUAUUUCAAUUAAUUAGUAUACAACAACAAGAUGAAGGAAAUGAACGUAUAUGGAUUAUUCGAAUGAAAUUAUCAAGUGAUAAACAUGAACGAUUAAAAUAUGUUUUUGAACAUAUUAAAAAUCAAUAUAAUACAGAACAAAUGAAUCUUCUUUCAUUUGGGCGAAUGUUAAGAAAAAUGAGUAAAUAUGAUGAUGCUGAAAAAUUUUAUCGACGAUUGUUAAAAGAAUUACCAGAUGGUCAUGUAAAUAUAGCGGAUUGUCAUUAUGAAUUAGGACUUGUUGCGGAUGAAAAAGGUGAUUAUGAAACAAGUUUAGAAUGGCAUCAAAAAUCACUUGAAAUUAAAAAUCAAACAUUAAAAAUAAAUGAUCCAAGUAUUGCUUUUAGUUAUAAUAGUAUAGCAAAUACGUAUCAAAAGAAAGGUGAUUAUAAACGUGCACUUGAAUAUUAUAAUAAAGCAUAUCAUAUUUGGAAAAAAACUGUUGGUGAAAAUCAUCUUGAUAUUGCCAUGUGUUUAAAUAAUAUGGGUUGUUUAUAUGAAAAUGAAAAAAAAUAUUCUCAAGCACUUGAAUGUCAUCAGAAAGCUUUAGUUAUUAAAAAACAUCAUUUACCAAAUGAUCAUUUUAAUUUAAGUGCAACACAUAAUAAUCUCGCUACACUCUAUGGUUGUACUGGACAAUUUGAUUUAGCAUUAGAACAUCUUAAUAUAUCAUUAAAUAUAAAAUUUAAAUCACUUUCAUCAAAUCAUCUUGAUAUAGCAUUAACAUUAAGAAAUCUUGGUCUUGUUUAUGAAAUAAAACAAGAUUUUUCUCAAGCUAAAUCAAAAUAUGAAAAAGCAGCUAUGAUUCGUCGUCAUAAUCUAUUACCAACACAUCCUGAUGUUCUUCGAAUUGAACAAGAUAUUAAACGAAUUUCAUUGAAAAUUAAAUAA